UCGGCAUUGCAGUAAUGGCUGCUCCCGGACUUGCGACGGGUGGUGGAAAUUGGUUUUCGGCUUUGGCGCUCGGGGUGACUCUCUUCAAAUGCCUUCUCAUCCCCACCUACCAUUCUACAGAUUUUGAAGUACACCGAAACUGGCUUGCUAUCACUCACAGUUUGCCAGUAUCACAGUGGUAUUAUGAGGCAACUUCAGAAUGGACCUUGGAUUACCCCCCUUUUUUUGCAUGGUUUGAGUAUGCCCUGUCACAUAUUGCCAAAUAUUUUGAUCAAGAGAUGCUGAAUGUCCAUAACCUGAAUUACUCCAGCACAAGGACCUUGCUUUUCCAGAGAUUUUCUGUCAUCUUUACAGAUGUACUCUUUGUGUAUGCUGUCCAUGAGUGCUGUAAAUGCAUUGAUGGGAAAAAAGCAGGUAAAGAACUUACAGAGAAACCGAAGUUUAUCCUAUCAGUGUUACUGCUAUGGAACUUCGGGUUGCUAAUUGUGGAUCAUAUUCAUUUCCAGUACAAUGGUUUUUUAUUUGGAUUAAUGUUACUCUCCAUUGCACGAUUAUUUCAGAAAAGGUAUAUGGAAGGAGCAUUUCUCUUUGCUGUUCUUCUACACUUCAAGCACAUCUACCUCUAUGUAGCACCAGCUUAUGGUAUAUACCUGCUACGAUCUUACUGUUUCACUGCAAAUAAACCAGAUGGGUCCAUCCGAUGGAACAGUUUCAGCUUUGUCCGUCUUAUUUCCCUGGGACUGAUUGUUUUCCUAGUUUCCGCUCUUUCAUUGGGUCCUUUCCUAGCCUUGAACCAGCUGCCUCAAGUCUUGUCCCGACUCUUCCCUUUCAAGAGGGGCCUCUGCCAUGCAUAUUGGGCUCCAAACUUCUGGGCUUUGUACAAUGCUUUGGACAAAGUGCUCUCCGUCAUUGGUUUAGAAUUGAAACUUCUUGAUCCCAACAAAAUUCCCAAGGCCUCAAUGACAAGUGGUUUGGUUCAGCAGUUCCAACACACAGUCCUUCCUUCAGUGACUCCCAUGGCCACCCUCAUCUGCACUCUGAUGGCCAUAUUGCCCUCUGUUUUCUGUCUUUGGUUUAAACCUCAAGGGCCUAGAGGCUUUCUCCGAUGUCUAAUUCUGUGUGCCUUGAGCUCCUUCCUGUUUGGGUGGCACGUCCAUGAAAAAGCCAUACUCCUCGCAGUUCUCCCAAUGAGCCUUCUGUCUGUGGGAAAAGCAGGAGAUGCUUCAAUUUUUCUGAUUCUGACCACAACAGGACAUUAUUCCCUCUUCCCUCUGCUCUUCACUGCACCAGAACUUCCCAUUAAAAUCUUACUCAUGUUACUAUUUACCGUCUAUAGUAUUUCCUCACUGAAGACUCUCUUCAGAAAAGAAAAGCCUCUUUUUAAUUGGAUGGAAACUUUCUACCUCCUUGGCCUGGGGCCUCUGGAAGUCUUCUGUGAGUUUGUAUUCCCUUUCAUCUCCUGGAAGCUGAAGUACCCCUUUAUCCCUUUGUUACUGACCUCAGUGUAUUGUGCAGUGGGCAUCACAUAUGCUUGGUUCAGACUGUAUGUUUCAGUAUUGACUGACCCUCCCAUCCGCAAGACAAAGAAACAAUGAAUAAAGGAACUGCUUGGAUGUAUUCCAAACAAUUAUUUCAUGGGAAAUUAAUCAGAACUUGAAGAAAGUUGCUGGUGGCAUGAACCAUUCAUUUCAGUUGUUCUGUUUGGAGGACCAUUCUUCUAAACUUGGCCUUGCCCAGCCUAGCAACCUGAUUGUCACCAUGGUGAGAAGCCAUUUGUCCUCCAAAAGCAAUGAAACACAUUUGAAACAAAUCUCGCCUUGCCCUGUUAAAAUUGUCUGAGAUCAUUGGACUGCUGUGCUUGCUCAAGGCAAGCAGGGAGUCUACCAACAGCAUGAUUAUUUGUAGCCUGUGAUGACCAUGGUCAGGCUGUAAAGCAUAAUUAGAAUCAUGUGCUAAGGGAAAUGUAAAUAAAAUGCUGUUUUGUAUUUCUGGACAAAAAUGUUUUGGAUCAUUACCAGCUUCUACACUUUCCUGUUGGUGUGCACGCAAGCACAUGGUGUGCUGUCCCUAUUCUAUAAAUCUUGUUCCAGGAGAUUUUUUUUUUUUCCA